GUUUGGCAAUCUUUAAAAAGCUAUUUAUUAUUAGGUGGGUAAAAGAUGGAGGUGUGGGGGCCAUGCAUGUUGUAGUCAAAGGGCAGUUUUGUGGCGUUAGGUGUCUCUUUCCCUUUAAGUGGGCUCUAGGUUGUAAGGCCUGCACUUCAGACAUCUUUAUCUGCUGAGCCAGCUCACUAACCCCUUUCAAGCACUCUUAAAGACAGAAACAAGUCUGUAUGGAACUUGCUUGACAUUUGUUGAAAACAAGUAAAUAUCAGAAGCUUUUUUUCUUUUUCUUUUCUUUUUUUUUUUUUCUUUUUUUUCUUUUUUUUUUUGAGAUAGGAUUGUAAUAAUAUAGUUUUGGCUGUCCUUAGAACUCGUGUAGACCAGGCUGGCCUCCGUAGCAAAUGAUGGCCUUGAAUAUCUGCUGAUCUUCCUGUCUCUUCCUCCCAAGUGCUGUGCGUGCACCACCACACUUGGUUUCUCCAGUGUGAAAGACUGAACUUAAGGUUCAGUCAAGCCGAGCUAAUGCCACCAACUGACCUACAUCCUGAGGCUCUAGUCAGCAAGCAGACUUUGCCUAUUGGUCAAAUUCACAAUGUCUCCAACUAUUCUCAUGUUUUAAUUGGUGAUAGCAUUUCUCAUAAAGAGACUUAAAUAGCUCCGAGCUGCAUACUCCUAGCUACUAAGGGUUGCUGUGGUGUUAGCAGGACAAUUGUUACAUCAACGGCAGCAGUUUCAUCAGAAUUAGGCUGUGUGAGGUUCUAGGUAAGAAUUCUGUCAUUGCUACCAGUGAUGGCUUUGGAAAAAGAUGCCUGUCCUGCUUUACCGAAACUGGACAAGAGUAGUGCAGCCGGGAGUGCAGCGAAGCCUGCCAAUAAGUGUGAGGAGAUUCACUUGCCACGCUUCUCACUAAAGCAAGGCAUGAUCCCGACACGUUACGUUAUGCCUUGGAAAGAAAGCAUGAAAUUCAGGAAUGUGAAUCUGAAGCAAGCGGAAGCGUGUGGGAUCUACACUGGCCCCUUGGAAGAUUCCCUGUUCUGGGGUUACAGUGAGCGGCUUUGCCAUGGGGAAGAUCGGAAAGUCGUCCUGAAGAAAGGCCCUCCGGAGAUAAAGAUUGCCGACAUGCCUUUGCACUCGCCUCUCUCCAGAUACCAGAGCACCGUGAUCUCCCAUGGCUUCAGGAGGCGUCUGAUCUGAUGGGGGUAGCCGUAUGCUUGCCCAGUGCACAAAAGGUUCAGGGUUCGAACCCCAUUACUACUAAAAAGAAUAAAAUGAUAAAGUAGUUCAA